AUGGUUGUUGAUACGUCCUAUUAUGAUGUCCUAGGUUUGAAAACAACAGCAUCCAAAUUAGAGAUUAAAAAAGCAUACCGUAAGAAAUCCAUCCAGGAACAUCCUGAUAAAAAUCCAAAUGAUCCUGAAGCUACAUCUAGAUUCCAGGCUAUAUCUGAGGCUUAUCAAGUCUUGUAUGAUGAUGAUUUACGUACAAAAUAUGAUAAAUUUGGGAAAGAUGAGGCGGUUCCUGCAAAUGGGUUUGAAGAUGCAUCUGAACAAUUCAAGAUGAUAUUCGGCGGUGAUGCUUUUGAGUCCUAUAUUGGGGAAUUGACCUUAUUAAAAAAUUUGCAACAGCAACAAGAAUUGGAUCAAGAAGAUAACAAUAAUGAUGAAGAAAAUGAUACAGAUAAAGAUAAAGGUGAAGCUGACAGCCACCCAAAAGAACAUGCAGCUAAAACUGGAGUCAAUCCAUCAACUUCCCAUGCAGAAGUAUCUGCUGAAAAAAAUCCUAAGGAGGCCACAGAAAAAACAGAUAAAGAGUUAUUAAUAACGGAUUCUUCGGAUAUAACUGCCACCGAUAACAAAGACAUAACAGAAGAAGAAUUAAAAAAAAAAAAAAAGGAAGAGGAAAGGAAGAAGAGAAAGCAAGAAAAACAAAAUCAAUUGGAGGAAGAACAAAGAAAACAAAAGGAGAAGGCUAUCGAUGAACUAACCAAGAAAUUGAUAGAAAGGUUAUCCAUACUAACGGAAAGCGUUAAUGAUGAUGCUUGUAAGGAUGCGUUCCGAAUGAAGUUUGAAACCGAGGCCAAUUUAUUAAAGAUGGAGUCUUUUGGUAUUGAUAUAUUACAUACUAUCGGCUCAGUUUAUUGUUCCAAGGCAGAUAUAUACUUGAAAUCCCACAACACAUGGGGAGUUGGUGGGUUAUUUCCGACUUUGAAGUCCAAAUGUGGAGUGAUGCUUGAUACAAUUAAAACAGUUUCUGCAGCUUUAGAUGCUCAACAUAUGCUACAAGAAGUGGAAAAAACACGUAUGGCCAUGGAUGUCCAAGCCAAAGAAGGUGAAGAAAUCCGUCCAGUGGAUGAAAAGGGUAAUGAAAUUGAAAUUCCAUCCCAAGAGGAUUUCGCCAAAAUGGAACAGCUAUUAAUGGGGAAAGUAUUGUCUGCUGCCUGGUACGGGUCUAAGUUUGAGAUUGUUUCUACAUUGAAAUCGGUUUGUGAUAACGUGCUAUAUGACAAAUCCAUUAGCGAUGAAAAAAAGUUAAGACGUGCUGAAGCCUUGAUGAUUUUGGGUACUGUGUUUAAGAAAACUUUUAGAACCAAACUAGAACAAGAAGAAGUUCAAGUUUUUGAGCAAUUAUUUUCAGAAGCCACUAAACACAAGAGUAAAAAAUCCUAA